AUGCUACCCCUGUCCUCUCUGAUUCAGGUGAACGGGGAGCUGACAAACCUGCCUGUUUACCUGAGUGACGGUCAGGUGGUGGUGUACCGCAAAGGCUGGUACGGCAUCGUGCACACCGACUUCGACCUGACGGUGGCCUUCGACUGGAACAGCAGAGUCUCUGUCACCCUGCCCAGCACCUACGCCGGCGCCGUCUGCGGCCUCUGUGGAAACUACAACCGUAAGUCCCAGGAUGACCUACAAAUGAAAAAUGGACAGAUGACCAAGAACCCUAACGAUUUUGGCCAGAGCUGGCGCGUUGCUGAGAUCCCAGGCUGCGUCAACGGGUGCAAAGGCACCUGCCCCAGCUGUGACAUCACCCAGAAGAAUCAAUACCAGACCAAAGAAUACUGCGGCAUCAUCAAUGACCCCAAGGGGCCCUUCCGUGACUGCCACGCCAAGGUGAACCCAACCGGAUACUUCGAUGACUGCGUGUACGAUGUCUGCCUCUUCAAGGGCCUCCAGUCUUCCCUGUGUCAGGCCAUCACUAGCUAUACCUCCGCCUGCCAGGAUGCAGGGGCCAAGGUCUAUCCCUGGAGAACCGACAAGUUCUGUCGUCCCAGCUGUGCCAAGAACAGCCACUACGAGGUGUGUGCCAAUGGCUGCCCUGCGACCUGCCACAGCCUCUCAGCCCCUGUUGGCUGCCAAAACUUGUGCACAGAGAGCUGUGUCUGUGACGAUGGCUUCAUCCUGAGCGGUGAACAAUGUGUGCCCAUGUCUGAGUGUGGUUGCUUGUACAAGAACAAGUACUACAAAAUCAAAGAGGUCUUCUACCCCAGUGGGCUCUGCCAAGAAAUCUGCACAUGCCAGAAGGACGGCAAGGUAGAGUGCCUCAAGUUCUCAUGCGGUGCAAACGAGGAGUGCAAAGUGGCAAACGGCGUGAGGAAGUGCCAGCCGGUUGGAGAGGCCACAUGCUCUGCCUCUGGAGACCCGCAUUACAUCUCUUUCGACGGGCUGAGGUUCGACUUCCAGGGUACCUGCACCUACACGCUGGCCAAAGCCUGCAGCAUUGAAGGUGACUCCCAUCUGACAGCUUUCUCGGUGAAUGUGGAGAAUGAGAAGUGGGGCAACAGCAAGGUGGCCGUUACCAAGCUGGUCGCUGUGGAGAUUUAUGGGAACACGCUGAUCCUGAAGGCGGGGAAAAGGGGCCUGAUCAUGCUGAACGGUGUGUGGAACAACCUUCCAGUCAGUCUGGACAGCGGCACAGUGCGGGCUUACCAGCAUGGGGUCAAUGUGAUCAUCGAGACCGACUUUGGCCUCAGAGUCACUUACGAUCUUGUCUACUAUGCCACAGUCACUGUGCCCGGCAACUACCGCAACAAGAUGUGUGGCCUCUGCGGCAACUACAAUGGGAACCGGAAAGACGAGUUCCGCCUGCCCAAUGGCAAGGAAACGUCUGAUAUCAGGACCUUUGGAGAAGCGUGGAAGGUCAAUGUCCCAGGAGUGGUCUGUUCCCACGGCUGUGACGGCAGUACCUGCCCUGUGUGUGACAAGGACAAGCAAGCAAUCUUUGAAAAGCCCAAUUACUGUGGCAUCAUCAACGACCGCAAGGGCCCGCUCGCCGCAUGCUACAACAAGAUCAGCCCUGAGAAUUACUUCAGCAACUGCAUCUACGAUCUGUGCAUGUCUGAAGGUGAUACCAAAGUGCUCUGCCACAGCAUCCAGUCCUACGUCACGGCCUGCCAGACACUUGGGGUGGAUAUUAAGAGCUGGAGAACUCCGUCCUUUUGCCCAAUGACAUGCCCAGCAAACAGUCACUAUGAGGUCUGUCCUGAGGUUUGCUCCACUACAUGUGCGGGAGUCACUGACAUCAGCAAGUGCCCAGCCCAAUGUGCUGAGGGGUGUGCCUGUGACGAUGGGUACUUCUUCGACGGAGAGGGAUGUUUGAGAAUACCAGAUGAUCACAUCUACCCCAACCCUAACUUCAACCCCAACCCCAACCUAGUAACAGGGUGGCACUCCAGCCAACCCAUACCCUAA